AUGAACAGUGCGAAAGGUGGCCGAAGGAGAAGAUCUAGCAGUAUCAUCUACCAGGAACCGCCGGAAUCAUUGGAACAGAUCAGCGACCAACUAGCCGAGCCGAAUCUCAACUCACAAUGGGUCAAUGCAAAAGGUGCCUGGACGAUACAUCCCGUCCUGAUCAUCGGCCUCAAGAUCUUAUUUGACAUUAUCCCCGGCGUGACGCAGGAAAUAUCGUGGACACUCACCAAUAUCACAUAUAUGGCCGGUUCUUACCUGAUGUUCCACUAUGUACGAGGCGUACCGUUCGAGUUCAAUGCCGGAGCCUACGACAACCUCAACAUGUGGGAACAAAUCGACAACGGGGACCAGUACACGCCUGCGAAGAAAUUCCUUCUGACAGUACCCAUAGUCCUUUUCCUCUUGAGUACGCACUACACACACUACGAUUUUACAUAUUUCACCAUCAACUUUAUGGCUCUGAUGGCGGUCGUGAUACCCAAACUCCCUCAGUUUCACCGAGUCAGAAUUGGUCUAUUUUCAGAACCACCGGAGGAGUGA